AUGCUUUGGAAUAGAAUAGUGCUGUUGUUAGUGACCGCGAUCGGAUUGAGUGAGAGUGCAAAAUGCGUUACUGUGUGCCGAGUGAAAGACCCUUCGAUAACGCAAAACUCUAACGUUCUCAGUAGUUGUCGAUAUGUCGUGUAUCCAGUGCAGUUUACUCAAGAUGUCAUCAAUUCCGAAAACGCCAUGCUAAGCAGAAAAAGAUUCGAUGGCAAUAAUAAACUGUUUUCGUUGUACGGUGAUGCAAGCUCAUGCAGUCAUUUCGAAGAACUUAUAAGCACCCGCGGACGCCGCUGGUUACUGAUCGAAUCGAUAGGGAAUCAACUUCAUGAAAGUGGAUUCCAAGGAAUAGAUUUGCGAUGUGAACCAGCGAAUACAAAGGAAUCACAGCAAAAUUAUGCUGAUUUCCUGCAAAAACUGCGAGGCCAUUUGGGCGAUAAGUACACAAUUUCAGUUAGUAUACAUAGCACUAAUCUUGAGCCUUAUUCGGUAAACACUAUAAACGAAGUGGUCGAUCUGGUUCAUAUACCGCUACCUGAUACCCAACUCCACUCAAUUCAAUCGUUCAUUUCACUGGGAUUGAAUCGGCGAAAAUUAGUACUCGAUGUGUCCUUGCCAGUAUCUGUGAAUUGUCCGCUAGAUAACCAAUUAACAGUGAUUCAAGCGGCCGCGAAUCUGAUUGACUACAAAAAAUUGAACGGCGCAGCAAUUCAGCUGGAUCGGGAUGAUGUAUCCGGUGUUUGUGGAACCGGUGUCUUUCCAUUACUCAGUACGUUAUGCACGGCGCAGAGUAGUUCCCGCGUAGGUUGUACCAAAGGCUCGAGUGAUGAUUGUAGUGCUGACGACCACGUUCGCGACAUCCGAAACGCAGGAAAUAUUGCAGUGGAACAUCCGAUACAAUGCCCUCAGGGUAAUUUGUCCAAUCUUUGCAACAGCACUUUUCAACCAAUUAUACAAGUUGCAUGUAAUGAUACUGCCUGUACCUGGGUUGGAGCUAUAGACAAAUGCAACUGUAUUCCGUUUCCCAAUUUUGGAGGAAAUAAUGGUGGAAUCAAUAGCAGUACUAAUAGAACCUCAGCAGAGGGCAACCUUGCUAGGAAUGUAACUUCCGCAUUGUUGGCUCUCUUAAACAAUCUCAACGUAGAGAUAAUCAUAGCCGAUCUGAACGGAGUGAUGCAUUCGUUGAAAAACGUAAUUAAUAAGCUAUUACCACUUCUAGAGCUAAGCAAUGAAGAUUCUCAGAGCAUUAGCCAACUAAAUGGUCUGCAGAGGACGUUAGCCAAAAUAUUAAACAUAGAGACUAUUAAUAAUGGUGUUCUCAACGAUAAACUCGACUUAGGACUACUGAGCAGUCCAAAUCGUUUCCUCUCAAAUGGCUCUGAUGCUGGAUUACUCAGUGGUGGAAAUGGUUCUCUUCUGGCUGGUAUCGAUGCUGUAAUUUAA